AUGCCUGCGACGGUGCAGCUGAGUGGAGAGAAAUUGGGUGAAUUUGCAGUUGUCUCUGGUGCGAAGCGAGGCUUUGUUUUAACUCCUUCUUUGUUUCAUAAAUAUCUUCAUGCAAUGAUGUCUUUUACUUUUGAGGCGGAUUGUACUUACGAAGUUCGGGUGGAGCACCAUAUUGAUGGUGGGUUGCUAAACAUCCGUCGUUCCUGUGCGAGAACUCUAGUCUGUGAGACAACUAUCCGUAUGUCGCUGUUUGCUGACGACGGUGCGUUGUUUGCACACAGCGCGGAUGAGUUGCAGCACAGGAUUAUUGUCGUGGAUUUGACAGCUGCCAACUUCGGGCUCACCAUCAACAGAAGCCAAACUGUCUGUCUCUUUCAGCCUUCAGCAGAUUUGCAAUCUUCAAUAUUGCCACGAAUCAGCAUGGGUGCUGAAUUGUUGGAAACCACCUCUCGCUUCUGCUACCUUGGGAGUUUGAUGUCGACUGACCAACAGCUACACAUUGAUUUGCGUAUCCGCGUCUCGAAGGCAGCGGCGGCACUCGGGAAGCUAGAGUACCGAGUGUGGAAUAACCAUCAGCUUACAGUUGACACGAAGCUAAAUGGUACACAAAUCCAUGGUACUGUCCAUUCUUUUAUACAGCAGUGCAACGUGGACGAUGUACCGGCGAGAAAUGCGAUAUCUCGAGCGGUUUCAACAACAGUGUUUGCGGCGGAUUCUGCGCAGCAGAUAAGGAGACAGAGUUGCGGACACGGAAGUGAUGCGUCGAAAUGGAUUGCAUACUUUUCUUGA